AUGCACGAGAUAAUCACCCUCCAGCUAGGCCAGCGCAGUAACUACGUGGCUACUCACUUCUGGAAUGCCCAGGAAUCCUACUUCACGUACUCGGAGAGUGAACAGUCUCCUGUAAAUCAUGAUAUCCAUUUCCGUGGAGGAAUAGGGGCAGACGGUACAGAGACCUUCACCCCGCGUACCCUUAUCUACGACCUAAAGGGUGGGUUUGGCACACUGCGCAAGUACAAUGCUCUAUAUCAGCUUGAGCAGGAUGAGCCUGGCCUGGACAGCGGACUCUGGGACACGAACGGCGUUCUGCAGCAGCAACCUAAGAUACCACAGAGUGAAUAUCAGAGAUGCCUUGACAUGGGCUUACCGGUUCCCCAGCUGGCAGCAGAAACAGUCAGGUACUGGUCCGAUUUUAACCGUGUAUUUUACAGCCCACGCUCCAUACAGCAAAUCAACGAGUACGACCUUGGCUCUCAACUGAUGCCGUUUGAGACCUGGUCCACCGGGCAGACUCUCUUUUCCGAUUUGGACAGAGAACAUGACCUCUUGGACCGUGAUUUCCGGCCCUUUGCGGAAGAAUGUGACCAGUUGAAGGGGAUCCAGAUUUUUUCCGGGGUCGACGAUGCAUGGGGUGGUUUCGCGGCGAGCUAUGUCGACCGCCUGAAGGACGAGUACGGAAGCAAGAGUAUCUGGACCUGGGCUCUUCAUGGAUCAGCUAACACACAACGAGAAAAGCGUAAGCUUGCCUCAGCGAACGUGGCAAGAUCACUGAGUGAGAUGGGCAGUCAAGUCACGGCUUUCAUCCCCAUGGCCGACUUGCCAAGCAGACUGCCAUCUUAUGUGAAGCCAGACCUUCGCCAUGCAUGGUACUCAUCGGCCCUGGCAUCGUUGGUACUUGAGAGUGUCAGCCUUCCUACUCGACUGCGGGGACAUGAAAGGCUCGAUCUUUGGGAAACGGCUUCGAGAGAUUCGCGGAACAUAUAUACUCUUGAAUCCACCAUCAGCACAAAGGAGUUACCUACUGAUAAAAAGGAUGAACCUGAAGCCAGCCAUGCCGACGAUGAUGAUACCGCCGAGAACAGACUCCAAGAAAAUCUGAAACAGUUUGAUGUUCAACUUUCCCCUCGCGGCCUUGCGUCAACCCAUGACUGCAGGAUAUUCCAUCAAAUUUCAGUUCGACGAGACUCAACGGCCGAGCCGUCUGGUUCCUCAAAUUAUCCAGUGCAGUCUGUGAAUACGACCACCCAGAGUUUCGACUCUCAACUGGAAUAUCCAGCAUUAGACUCCUUCCCCCGCGACCUAAUCACGGACCAAGGGCUACCAGGGACAACACUCAAGGUUCAUGCGGCGCUAUCUGUAUCUUCAAAAGUAAGAGGGUACCUUAAAGAAUUACAGCAGUCGGUGGGGAUCUACGUUCCCUUCGACCAGCGCGAAGAAUUAUCGAAUUGCCUCACUACGCUAUCAGAGGCUUAUAUUGAUGGGUGGGAGAGCGAUACCGAUUCUGGGGAUGAUUGA